UUCAAUCUAGUCGACUUGCGUUACGGAUGGGAGCAAAACAGUUUGAAUGGCACCAGGAGUGCCUGCGAGGCUUCGUGCACCGAGGCUUACACAAAUCCGAACGAUCGUUACGUCUGUAACUCUGGCUGUAAUUUCAUGGCCAAGCAACGAAUUUCAGACCUAUUGUCUCUGUUCACCGUCGCCAUAUGCAUGGAGGAAAGUAUAGAUGUUUUACCAAUGUCGCCCGACAUACCGGAGAAUGACAUAUUAACCGAUCCUGGAUUGCGCAAGGAACUACUCCCUAGAUGGUGGGAUUCUGAUGGUUUCAAAUUGCCACAGACGUAUGUUAAAACCAUACCAAUGGACGCUAGGACCGUGGAUUACACUCUGUCCUCUGACUAUUCGGGAGAAACUAGACAACCGGCGUCUACGUCUAAAUCCGAAUCAUUUCAACGUGAAAUGGAACAGGCGAACGAUGUCUCCGUUCCGUCUUUUGUGUACGGACGAGUUUACGUGAUUUUUGCUCCUAUGAUAAUGUCUGCAAUGACGUUAUUUCUUAUAUCGAAGAAAGAUAUCUCAGAUAAAAACAUGCCUUAUAAAAAUAUCAAUUCUUCGUCCGAUGUUGCGUUAUUUAUACCGGAUGAAGCGGUGAUGUACAAGGUGCCACCACCUAAAUACAAUGAAUCGUCCAGUCAUGCCAUUUAAUUCACAACGUUUCGAUGAUGAUUUAAUGCGAGAUGUGAUUGUAUCGCGUUUUAAAAGCCGUAGCAUAAUAUAAUAGUGCAAUGAUACAAAUAUUGAUUACUGUGAAUAUCUCUUUUAAUCGCGCUUUGAAAGUAUAGAUUACAUUUGCAAUAAGUGCCAUAUAGAGAAACCAAUUUUUUUUUAUAAAAUAAUUGGUGAUGAAAUAUUUGCACAUGUGUGCAUAUGUAGCAUGUUUAGUGAAACACAAGAUGAAGUGAUAACCAUGAAAUGGCUGGCAAAGACAAGCUUGUUCGGCGACAUAAAAUUUUCAAAUCGAACUGCGCUCUGUAAAAUAUCGAGUUUUUCGAAGAUUUUUAUGUUGAUAAUUAUAUUACAGACUGAUCUGUUAGUUUUUGAAGUGUGUAUAUAUCAAAGAGAAUACAAACUUUUAAUAUCAAAAAUUGCGAAGCCUUUUUCGUCUUUUUUGAAUGCAAUUGCAUAAUUUGUAUAUGUAUAUAUUUAAGCCAAUAUGUGAAUUAUAUAUCAUACAACGAACAAGUUCAAAUUCGCAGAGGAAAUAGACGUAAAACUUUUUCAACGACAAUAUAGGUACAUAAUCAAAAUGUCAUUUGAGUUGAUCGCUCUUAUUGUUUCGUGGCAAGCCAUCAUCCGAGAGUCGAAACGAUAAUAGUACAAUAUAUAAAAUGGAGAAGGCUUUGUGCGCGUCGUGAUAUAUUCAAAUCUGUCUAUAAAAAAAUAUUGUAAGGUAUAUAUAAAUAUUUUGUAUUAUACAAAGAUUUAUGUCAGUCUUUUUCUUUAUAAAAGAAAAAAAGGACUGAAAUAUUUGUUCAUACGAAGAUUGUUUCAAUUUCGCGUUUUUGCUAGAUUAUAGAAUUGCAUUUGCAGUUUCUUCGGCACGGUAUAUUGUACUUAACACUCACGUAGCAUCGGUGUGAUCGAAAUAUUGUAUUCCCGUAAACAAGAUACAUGUAAGAAUUACAAUUAUCUCUGCCGAUUAUAUGAUACAUACAUAUAAUCAAUAUAAUCCAUACACGCAUUAGUAUAUACACGUAUUCCGCACGAAUCUUUUCAGAAUUUUUAUAAAGUCUCAUCUGUAUCAUAUAUUAGAAUUUAUUUAUAGCGUAUAUAUUCUAAGGUAGUAUAUUUGUUACACAUACAUAACACAUUCUUAAUUUUAACAGCGAGCAAUAUGCGAUUAAAGUCUUAUUCUUUAUUUAAAGAGAUACAUGAGACGGUGAGGUGUCAUGAUACUAACGCGCGUUACAUCUGUAUAUAUAUAUUAUUUACAGUGUUCACUAGAAAAUUUCCAUCGUAACUCCUUUUACGCUACUUAUUCUUGCAGAACAAGAAUAACGCUUUUUAUUCUCACGCAUGAAAGGGUAACGAUGUAACUAAGUUUUUAUCUUUUUUUUUUAUACGAUACAUAUCGACACGUGUGAGAAUAUAUUGAACGUUUUGUGUGAGAAUAUAUUAAAAUCUUUAUGCAGAGAGCGAUUGAUUUUAUUAGUGUCAUGACGCAGUCUUGAAAGUUUCAAACUAAACUAAAUUUACAUGUAAUCUAGGAAUAUAUGUAUAAAAGUAAAUGUUCAAGUUCCUGUUUGUAAGACUUAUACUUCUUGAAUUAAAUGUCAUUGUUACCGAUA